AUUUUAUUAGAAUGAUAUAAUUGACAAUGAAUUUGAAAACAGUUUUUAUUCAACACAAUAUUAUGUGUCUGUUAUUUUGGCUUUUAUCCAACCAACCUUCAAAAAUAGCAAAACACGGUUUGCCACAACUGUUCUCUUUGAAACUGCAGGUCUACUCCACUGCCCUGACAUGUCAUGCAAGCAGGUGUUCUUUUACACAACUCAAUGGCGUCCAUUGUGAAAAUGAAUAUAGCAUUGAAUGAGCCAGAUCAGGGGAAAACAUGGAUUGACCAAAUCUGUAGCUGUAGACAGUGUUCUUUAGCCUGAAGUUUGGUUCACAGAAUGGGUCUAAGGCGCAUAAAGCUCUGUCUGGUCGUUUGUUCUCUCUGGGCUUUGGGACUUAAGAAUAAAAAGGGUCUUUUGAGUGCAUACAUUGAAUAGACACACAUGCAAACAACAAAGGUACAAAGGUUAGUGUUCUGUGAAAUUGGACAAAAUUCUAUUGAGAACCUCUCAUGCACCUGUAAAUUUGUAAAAAUACACUCUUUUUAAACUAAUGAUUAACUUACUACCAUUCUAUCUAUCUAUCUAUCUAUCUAUCUAUCUAUCUGUCUGUCCGUCUUGAUUAGUUUUUCUCAGUCACUUUGGUGCAUUUCUCAGAUCAGAAAUGAAUUUUUUUACAUCAUCUAGUCACUUGUGCACAUCAUAAAAGACGUUUUGUUUAGUUUUUGUAACAAAUUGCAAUUGCUUUGCUACAUCCCUUCAGCUAAUUAUGUGUGUUUGUCUGCGGUUUCCUGCAUUUUCAGUUGCUGAUAUCACGUCGCUCAAAAUCUAUUAUACAGUUCUCUGUGCGAUAGCUGUACUCCUCAAAACAUCUAGCCAUUAGUUCAGCGUAUGAGUCCUUAAAUGCAAAAUGGUUGAUCUAGUUGUUAUAAAUUGUCAAGCAUAUUUACUACACAUUUCUAUUAGACUUUUUGUUAAUUUGCAAGCAAGUUGUUUUUGUAAGGAUUGACUUUCAAUAAAUAAGAGAAUCUAAAUCGACCAGUUUUCUGAAAUAGCUCAAAGGUGCCUCUCAUCACCGCAAAAAAAAAAAAAGUUUUUCAAGCCUAGAUUUCUUGCUCAGAAAAUCUUAAUUUAAGAAAUUUUGACCAAAAUAACUUAACAUCCAGAAAAUGAUCAGGUCACAGCCGAGAGCAAGAAGAGGAGUAUGGAUGCUUGGUGGAGGGUACGGAGGCGAAACAGCAAGAGAAGAAGAGGCCAAGGACAGAGGCACGUAUCAGAUUAGAUAAGGGCUAUUGUGGAGCAUGCUGUCCAUCAUGGCUUACAAUGGCUGAAGGGUGCAGCUAAACAUUGGGGUAUCCUCAAUUCAAACAUUUUGAAUCAUUUCAGCUCUUUCAAUCAAUAUCCUACAUACAGUAAUGUGUAAAUGUGUACUUUUAAAAGUACGUAUGGCGUACAUAAGAAGCAGUACAGUAACUCAGUGCCAUAGUUAACAUCAGGUAAUACAAACAGUGUUAUAUUGACAACAUGAUUAAGCAUCCUGUCGACACAAUGACUUGUGACCGAUAUGUUCAUUGACAUAAAUAUUUCUGAGAGAUGAACUAAAGAUUCUGAGUACGUUACAGGUAGGAAAUCCAUUGUUGAGUUUUGAGAAAAGCACACGCUUCUUUGCUAAUAUUAAGGAUGUAUCAAGAAAUGCAUCAAAGCGACUGAGAAAACUGUAACUGUCUGUCUAUUGUGUCAGAGAGGGCAACCGAAUAGGAUUAUUUCUGUGUAUAGUUAUAUGUCUUGAUGUGGCCCCACCUUGAACUGUUUGGUUCAGGUGUGUUCCUGUAGGCUACUGUGUCAGUGUGAGGCGUGACACUUCAGUAUGAGUAAUCCCACGCUCCUUCCAUUCAAUACACACACAGCGAGGAGACAAAUGUGACAACUUAUUGCAGUCUUACUGAAAACAAUGUGGAAAAACAUAUGGAAUAAGGUGUUCAUGGUCCUGAUGGUUGGGAAUCUGUUUAUGCCCACUGACACGAAGAACAAUAGAGAAGGAAAGUCUCGGAGACGGAAACUGGAGUCUCAUCCUCGCCGGAAUGCCUCGUCUAUCAGAAUCUCCCCAGAUCCCAUGAUGACAGGUCCGGAAUCGGGAGUGAUGCCCGGUGCGGUUGAAAUUGACUUUGACAAGAGUAUCGAGGACAUGGUGUCUCAGGUCCGAAACAAUCCCAACUUAUCCAUAAGCAAAUGUGUGGUGGAUCGCAAACUUUGGAUGUCAAACAGUCGCAGCCUUUCUCCCUGGUCCUACAGAAUCAACCACGACGAGACCCGCAAGCCCGUGGAUAUCCCGGAGGCCGUGUGUUCGUGCGUGGGCUGCAUCAAUCCUUUCACCAUGCAGGAGGACCGCACCAUGACCAGCGCCCUCAUCUACGCCAAGAUCCCCGUGCGCAGGCUGCUGUGCCACCGGCCAACCCGCAAACCGACGAAGCAGAAGAAAUGCGUUCCCCGUUACCGUUCGGUGGUGGAGAGCAUCGCCGUGGGGUGCACGUGCAUCGUGGGCUAGCCGCGCGGGACCGACGCAUUUUAGCUGCUUUGCUGUAAAUAAACCCGGAUCCUAAUUGUGCAUAUGCACUUCUGUAGGGCGAGCUGUGCAGGCGCGUUUUAUAUGAUCAUUUUUAAGAUUCUGAACAUUUCGUGUUAAGUAUUAAUAUCCUGCAUUGUGCAUCCCAAAUUAAAAUAUGUAUAGUAGCAGGCUAGGUAUAAGUCUAUAAUGGGGUUAACGCUGUGCUUUCAAAAACAGGUCGUUUUUAGUUGCUAUACGUUAUGGAACUAAAGUUUUUCAUGAAAGAAAGAGAACUUAAUGCUGAUGAUAUGUGUUUUGAUAAAAAAUUCGUGGUAGUCAUCUUUUUAAGAUCGCCCUCUAUUGACUAAAAUAUAAGAAACAGUGAAAGAGAGAGGAGACUCAAAGGCUACUUUUAUGAUGCUGUAAUUUUCUUCUUCUUCUUCUUCUUAAUGUUUUUCUUUAAUGUGGGAAUGGUAAGUGUAUUUGUAAUAAAUAUUGUAUUUUCCCAAAACAGACUAUAUAGCCUUAUUUUCAAGUUUUUCAGAUACAUGUAUGCGAAACAUAAAUAGAAAUAAAUCGCAAAGCUGUGUUUUGUUUUCUCUCGGCAUGUUAAGAAAUGCCACAUAGCCUAAAUAUUGUAUCGUAGGCUACCAGCUCCUAAG